ACCUCCUCUGAUAGCUAGUUAGCAGUAGCUACCUAGGUAGAUGCCUUUACAGAAAAAGGCGCAGUCUUUUGGCCAAGUCGUUUUACAAACCUCAACAUAUCCGAAAAAAAGUUGCUAAUAUUACAAUACAAUAUUGUGGGUUCACAUGUAUGUGUUUAAUCAGCUAAUGGUAGAUAGUCAGUUUCUCCUUUAGCAAUUUAGCUAGCUAGCCAUCUAGCUGUGCUAGCCAAGCCUGUCAAUUCAGCGGAUGAACUUGGUAUUCUGUGAAGACGCCGACAUCAGGCGUAGGGCCGUGUGAGGAAGCUGACAAAAUAUAUUGGGAGUAUUCAACUAGCUAGCAAGACGUGAUUGAUUUUAACAGCAACAUAACAUUUUACCUGCGCAUUUAUUUAUGAAAUGUUCAGAACGUUAGCGUUCGGAUCACAACCAAACACCAUGGAUCAGAAUGACAAAAGGAGUUGCACGAAUGAAACUCAUACAUUUACUGGUGUCCAGUCACUUCACUGAGGGACCACGACACUUGAUUUCUGGACAAGUACUCGCCGCCACAAUGAGAUAAUACAGCAGCAGAUAAUACAGCCGUGACAUUCGUCCACCCUGAGUUAAUUUCCACAAUCCAACAUGACCACACCAGCUCUACUGCCACUGUCGGGCCGCAGGAUACCCACCCUGUCACCCGGUGCCGCCUCAUUCCCACACCACAGGGCCACCCUGAGACUCUCAGAGAAGUUUAUCCUGCUCCUCAUCCUCAGUGCCUUCAUCACUUUAUGCUUUGGAGCUUUCUUCUUCCUCCCGGACAACUCAAAACACAAGCGCUUCGACCUGGGCUUGGAAGACGUGCUGAUUCCGCACAUCGAGGCGCCCAAAGGUGCUAAGCAUCCUGGUGGACAGGUGGUCAUUCAUGGACAGGGGGACCAUGAUGAACACAGACACAGGGAGGAGGAGGAGAGCCUGCGGGAUAAGAUCCGAGCGGACCACGAGCGGGCGUUGCAGGAAGCAAAGGAGAAGCUGAGGAAGUCCCGGGACGAGCUGCGAGCUGAGAUCCAGACAGAGAAGAGCAAAGUGCUGGAGGACCUGAAGAAGGAGGGGCCCAAGCCGUUACCGCCGGUCCCCAUGCCCAAGGUGGUGGGGGUCAACGAUGGAGACCCUGGGGAGCCCGACAUCAAGGAGAAACGAGACAAGAUCAGAGAGAUGAUGAAGCAUGCGUGGGACAGCUACAGACAGUACGGAUGGGGACACAACGAGCUGAAACCUCUCGCCAAGAAAGGACAUUCCACCAAUAUCUUUGGUAAUUCCCAGAUGGGGGCCACCAUAGUGGACGCCUUAGACAGCCUGUACAUGAUGGGACUUCACGAUGAGUUCAAGGACGGACAAGAGUGGAUAGAGCAGAACCUGGACUUCAGUGUGAACGCUGAGGUGUCUGUCUUCGAGGUCAACAUCCGCUUCAUUGGAGGACUGCUUGCUGCCUAUUACCUCUCAGGACAGGAGGUGUUUAAGGUGAAGGCGGUUCAGUUGGCUGAGAAGCUGCUCCCAGCCUUCAACACUCCCACAGGCAUCCCCUGGGCCAUGGUCAACCUCAAGAGUGGUGUGGGUCGUAACUGGGGCUGGGCGUCAGCAGGCAGUAGUAUCCUAGCAGAGUUUGGAACCCUCCACAUGGAGUUUGUCCACCUCACUUACCUCACCGGGAACCCUGCAUACUAUCAGAAGGUGAUGCACAUACGGAAGCUGCUUGCCAAAAUGGACCGACCCAACGGGCUCUACCCAAACUAUCUGAACCCUCGUACCGGCCGCUGGGGCCAACACCAUACAUCAGUUGGAGGUCUGGGAGACAGUUUCUAUGAGUACCUGCUGAAGGCCUGGCUCAUGUCAGACAAGACCGACACAGAGGCACGCAAGACCUACGACGACGCUAUCGAGGCCAUCGAGCGUCACCUGAUCCGUAAGUCCAACGGCGGCCUGACGUUCAUCGGGGAGUGGAAGAACGGCCACCUGGAGAGGAAGAUGGGUCACCUGACGUGCUUUGCCGGGGGGAUGUUCGCUCUGGGGGCCGACGGCUCGCCUGACGACAAGGCUGGACACUACCUACAGCUGGGGGCUGAGAUCGCACACACCUGCCACGAGUCCUACGACCGCACCGUGUUGAAGCUGGGUCCGGAGGCCUUUAAGUUUGACAGUGGUCUGGAGGCAGUGGCAGUACGUCAGAAUGAGAAGUACUACAUCCUGAGGCCAGAGGUCAUCGAGACCUACUGGUACAUGUGGAGGUUCACCCACGACCCCAAGUACAGGCAGUGGGGCUGGGAAGCAGCACAGGCCAUUGAUAAGUACUGCAGGGUCAGCGGUGGGUUCUCUGGGGUCAAGGACGUCUACUCGUCCAACCCAACCUACGACGAUGUCCAGCAGAGCUUCUUCCUGGCCGAGACGCUCAAGUAUCUGUACCUGUUGUUCUCCAGUGAUGAGCUGAUGCCUUUGGAGAGCUGGGUGUUCAACACGGAGGCCCACCCCCUGCCGGUACUGCACCUUGCCAACCUCACCCUCCCAGGGAGCCAGGCCCAGCGGUAGAGACCAGGGGGCCACAGCGGCCCUGUCUGCCUCCAUCUCUCCCUCUCACUGCUACAGACAGCAGAAGGAGAGAGCUCAGACCACUGCAGAGUGGAGGGCACUGAAACAAUAGCCUUUCUCGCUCUUCUUUAAUUCUCUGGCUCGUACUCUUUCUAUAGCUCUCUCUGCUUCUCGUCAGGACGGAGGGUGCGUUCGACUUUUGUGAUUGGCUGGGAAGUCCUCCUAUUCGUCGUUACUUUUUUGUUGAAACACAGAGCCACAAUCAGGAAGCUUGAUUGUUUUGGCCAAACUGUCUCAUAAUGGAUGCGCACAGGAGCAAGACAGUGUGUACCAACAAACAGACAGAUGGACCUUCCUCUGAAGGGAUAUGUAUGUUUCAGACAGACUGACAGUCAAACCGAAGACUAUGGGGUUUGUUUUCUUUUGUCAUUUUGUGUCCUGGACGCUGAUUGGCGGGGACACGACAGACUGCAACCGUCCUAGUCCUUCUGCCAUUUCCUGUUUACUGUCUUACUCUGAACUUUGACCUGGAACUGUAUCAGUGUCACUUUGUGGACGGGAGCAACGGCUUCAUGCCUACCCUUCUGGAACCUUGAAAAGUGGACCGGUGAUAUGGACCUAUUUUCCAUAGCAUUUUCUAUGCUACAUUCUGCCGUUCCUGUAUACUUUCUCCUCUUUUGUCUCUUUCUGUCACACUCUCUCUCGCUCUGUAUCUCCCUCUCCUUCCAUCUCCUAUGAUUAGCAGGUGACGUAGCUUAGCCUGGCCUCAUGCUGUUGCUGCUAUUCAACCGAUGCUGCAUCUCUACCUUGUCUUACCACCAUUCCAACUCCCUCCAUCUUCUCUUUCUUGUCAUUCUUCUUCACUUCUCCAAUCACGCCUUUCUAGACUGGUAAACUUCCGUUCCUGUCUUUUCCAUAAAUCACCACCGCUCCACAGGCAGAUUGGGACAAGGCUUGUUUUGGCAGUGUUUUCUGUCUGCUGAUUAAAUGGCCCCUAUAGAUAAAUUGUUAUGCACUUUGUUGUUUGUAUUACUAAGAGGGAAAAGAGUUACACCACUGUCGGAGCUGAAGACACAAAGCCCUCCAUUUAUAAUCUCUGUGUCUUUGACAAGGACCCAUAGUGUUGCACUGCCACUUAUGGGGAGGGCCUGGAGUUGUUACUGUUUAGGAACAACUCCUCACCCUGCUGAUAGGAUUCUACCCAAACUGUUUCUUGUUCUUAUCCUAAUCACCACUCUCAAAUUAGGACUUUGCCUCAGUCACCUGUGCAAUGAGUGUAAUGAGUGUAUGUUGAAUGUUAAGGCAUUCAUUCUCUAUGGACUUGUGUGUUCUAAAUUGAUCUAUUGUGUUUUGUGUGAAUGUGGUUCCUGCAACAGUAGAUGGAACGCAAGGAAGUCUGCUGUGUUCAGUGAUGAAUCUGUGAUUGGUGUGUUGAUGUGGAUGGGGAGGGGAAUACUUUAGGUUUAGGGGCUGAAGGUAACACUAGGAAAUAGAACGGUACCUUGCAAGAAAUAACAUUUUUGUUGGACCUAUACAUUAAUUUAAAGCCUUAUCAAGUGUUACUACGUGAUGCCUUUCUCCAAUACUGUGCUUUUUCAUUAUAAUUUUUUUACAAAAAGUUAUUCAUACACCAGUUCCUUUUCUAUGAGCCACCCUGCUGUCCCUCUAGCAGAGACACCCUGCUGUCCCUCUAGCAGAGACACCCUGCUGUCCCUCUAGCAGAGACACCCUGCUGUCCCUCUAGCAGAGACACCCUGCUGUCCCUCUAGCAGAGACACCCUGCUGUCCCUCUAGCAGAGACACCCUGCUGUCCCUCUAGCAGAGACACCCUGCUGUCCCUCUAGCAGAGACACCCUGCUGUCCCUCUAGCAGAGACACCCUGCUGUCCCUCUAGCAGAGACACCCUGCUGUCCCUCUAGCAGAGACACCCUGCUGUCCCUCUAGCAGAGACACCCUGCUGUCCCUCUAGCAGAGACACCCUGCUGUCCCUCUAGCAGAGACACCCUGCUGUCCCUCUAGCAGAGACACCCUGCUGUCCCUCUAGCAGAGACACCCUGCUGUCCCUCUAGCAGAGACACCCUGCUGUCCCUCUAGCAGAGACACCCUGCUGUCCCUCUAGCAGAGACACCCUGCUGUCCCUCUAGCAGAGACACCCUGCUGUCCCUCUAGCAGAGACACCCUGCUGUCCCUCUAGCAGAGACACCCUGCUGUCCCUCUAGCAGAGACACCCUGCUGUCCCUCUAGCAGAGACACCCUGCUGUCCCUCUAGCAGAGACACGAUGAUGAUGAUGAUGGGCUGAUUACAGAACCACUCACCUUGCCAAUCAAUAAAGCCAUACAAUGUGUGUCUCUGUUUAGCUAAUUGGUUGGUUUCUGUCACUCAUUUCUCAUGUGUUCACUUAGUACCACCUGGCUGCACAUAUAUAACACCUGUCCCACCAUCUCAACAUUCCUUUUUACUCUGGCACACCCUUUCUACUCCUUCAUAUCCCUACAAUUUUCUAUUUGUCUCUUUCUCUCCAGCUAUCCCUCCUCCUGUCCCCAUCUGUUGGCAGCUCAGUGUCUCCGUCUCGUGGUGGAGGCAGUAGCAGCAGCCUACUGGUGUAGAACGUUAUGAAGUAUAUGUAUCACUGUUCGCCCCCCUGUCCCCACCUUACUCUCUGACAUUACUGCUUUCUGUCUGCGGAGGAAGCCCAGGCCUCCUUUGGCGCUGUCAGUCGCCGUGAGGAUGUUGAUUUUGGGAAAAAAGUGUUCUGUAUUUGUAUUUUUACUGAACAAAAAAAGACAUGUAAAUAUGUUUAAAUGAGACACAAAUUCAAUAAAGAUGUUAUGAAAAGUGAACAGAAUAACUAAA